AUGGAUUACGCCAGCUCCGGAUCAUGGCCUUCUCAGGUGCCGGCACCCGAGAAAUCUAGCAAGCUUUACAUUCGCGACUAUCCCCAUCGUGCAAUUGCCAUCGUCUCGUCUUCCCACGCCCUCAUAUUCCGCUAUAACUUUUCUAGUACCGGCACCGCCGCGAAUGGCUCCCUUACCUCUCUUGCAUCCACCCGUUCGCGACCAAACGGAGGCGACGGCACCGCAUCGAAAUGCAUGGUCGAAUUUACUCAUAUUACCAAGAAAACGCUGGCCGACUACCGUCCCUUAACUCCGCGACCCAUUUACGGAACGUUGGGAUUAAUAUCUGUAGAAGGAGACGUGUUCCUUUCAGUCGUAACACAUGCCACAAGAGUUGCCACCCUGAGGCCAGGCGAGACUGUGGAAAGGAUUGCUAGCGUUGCCUUUUUUUGCCUGAACAGUAGCGAAUGGGACGAUGUUGUGUCGCUUGACCCCUUGGACUCGGAGAUGUCGGAUGUCAACUCGGUCUAUGGACAGAACCUUAGAGGACGGGAAGUGACCGUUGAGCACCCAUGUACAGACCUUCGGAAGCUUCUAGGGAACGGGACUUUUUACUACAGCACUGAUUUUGAUCUCACGAACAGAUUACAGGACAGAACUGUGAACUCAUUCGUAUUCGAUAUCGACAACUUUGAUGAUUCUUUUUUGUGGAAUUCCUUCAUGAUUAGUCCGCUGGUCCAGUUUAGGUCUCGUCUGCUGCCCCAGGAGCGCGAUGCUCUUGAUUCCUCGAGAUUUCUGACUUCAGCUAUCCGUGGUUUCUGCCGUACAAUGGCAAUUCCGCAAACAAGCGCUCCUUUGAAGACUCGGUCAACUGGAUUACCGUCUUACCUAACAGUUAUCUCGCGUUUAUCCAGUAGAAGGGCUGGAACCCGAUUCAAUUCUCGAGGCAUCGAUGACGACGGCAAUGUGGCCAAUUUCGUAGAAACUGAAACCAUUUACUGGAGUCCUGGUGGUACACUGUUUUCAUACGCCCAGGUCAGGGGCUCCGUUCCAUUAUUCUGGGAACAGACCGCUGAGCUCAUUCCUGGCAAGCAAAACAUCACUAUCAUCAGGUCCCCUGAAGGGGCACAGCCAGCUUUCAACAAGCAUUUUGAUGACUUGGAACGAGCUUAUGGCGCUGUUCAUGUGGUUAACCUCCUCAGUGAGGGUAAGCCCGGCGAGGCUCAAUUAAGCCAACUUUAUCACCUUGCUGUACAGCACUGCCCAUUAAGUCAGGUUGGCGAGGAUGAGUCUCAAGAUCAUGCGCUGCUGCGAGAAACACACUACGACUUCCACGCCGAGACGAAAGGGCCGGGUGGGUACGAGGCCGCACGUCAGAUUCGCAGAUACAUCGAGAACUCUACGGAUGGGUUUGCUUAUUAUCUAGCUGAAGAAGCGGAAGAUGCCGAACCUGAUAGUCACGACUCUCGGGAUUCUCAUCGGAUGGUGGUAGUUCUCCAGCAAGAAGGUGUCUUCCGGACGAACUGUCUUGACUGCCUGGACAGAACAAAUCUUAUUCAAACCCUCAUAUCACAGAUGGCCACAGAAGCAUUCUUAGGCCAUCGGGGAGAGUAUGCAACAUCAGACUUCUGGAUGAGACACUCAACCCUAUGGGCAGACAAUGGGGACGCUUUGUCCAAGAUCUAUGCUGGGACUGGUGCACUGAAGUCAUCAUUUACACGCCAUGGGAAAAUGUCUCUGGCUGGCGCAGUUGCUGAUAUGCGUAAAUCCGUACAAAGGCUUUACCACAACAACUUCACAGACUCAGCAAGGCAGACGACAAUUGACCGCCUCCUUGGACGCCUAGUCAAUCAAGCACCCGUUCUCCUGUUUGACCCAAUUAGCGAUUAUGUCUCUGGUGAGAUCAAUAAGCGGAAUGCUGAGUUCUCGUCUAUUCAGGAUAUCACCAUGUUGGUUGGCACAUUCAACCUCAACGGUCGCACCGAGGGUGUUGACCACGAUCUUUCUUCGUGGCUCUGCCCAGAGGAGCUUGGUAGUGUGCUGCCGGAAAUCGUUGCUGUAGGGUUUCAGGAAAUCGUUGAAUUGAGUCCACAGCAGAUCAUGAACAGUGAUCCAUCGAGAAAACAGCUGUGGGAAAGCGCAGUAAGGAGAUGUUUGAACAAGCGUGCCCAAACACUCGAUGGGGAACGAUACGUUCUGCUUCGGAGCGGACAGCUUGUUGGGGCUGCUCUGUGCAUAUUUGUCAAGGCAUCCGUUUUGGCCAAAAUCAAGAAUGUCGAAGGAAGCGUCAAAAAGACAGGUUUGUCAGGAAUGGCGGGCAACAAGGGAGCAGUUGCCAUACGAUUUGACUUUGCGAAUACCCAAAUUUGCUUUGUGACAGCCCAUCUGGCCGCAGGCUUCUCGAAUUACGACGAGAGGAACAGGGACUAUGCGACAAUCCACCAUGGUCUACGGUUCCAACGCAACCGUGGCAUUGAUGAUCAUGAUGCUGUUGUCUGGCUGGGUGAUUUCAACUACCGGAUUGGUCUUACUUCUGAAGCUGUCCGCGGAUUGGUUAAGAAGCGAGACUUAGAGACGCUCUACGAGAAUGAUCAGCUGAACCUCCAGAUGAUUGCAGGACUAGCUUUUCCAUUCUACUCCGAGGCCCGGAUCAACUUUCUACCAACAUAUAAAUUUGAUCUUGGCACUGAUGAAUACGACACAUCUGAGAAGGCACGAAUCCCAGCAUGGACCGACCGCAUCUUGCGCAAAGGCUCCAAUUUACGUCAGCUGGCUUACAGCUCUGCGCCGCUGAAGUUCUCUGAUCACCGACCAGUGUAUGCCAUUUUCCAGUGCAACGUGAGCAUCGUCGAUGAAGCGCUGCGGGACCGUAUCAGCCAUGACCUCUACCAACGGCGGAAAGCGGAAGUUGGCGAUUCAAUCGCGAACUUGGAUUCAGAGGAAACCGACGAUGAGGAUCUCAUUGGCUACGAAGCCAUCGAGCCGGGAUUGCCCCCAGCGAGUUCUGAUCGUCAAAAGUGGUGGCUGGAGAACAAGCAGCAGGCGAGGGCCGACAUCAAACAGCCCAAGGCCCCUGACGGCCAUGCCACGAUUCUGAACCCUAACAGACCACCAAAUCCGUUUACGCCAACAGGCGAGCCGGACUGGGUGAACGUUCCGCGCUCAAGGCUGUCGUCGUUUUCAAGCGUGUCAACGUCACCGUAUGAAAAUGUCUAUGCCCCAAGUGACCUCUCAUCGUCAGCCACCAGCACAACGGCAAGGAGACUGCCGCCACCUUACGAUCCGUCUACACUUCCAGCCAAAAUGGGCAGACUGAAUAUUAAGGAAGAGAAGUCGUCGCAGCGGGGGGAAACACCGCCGCCACCUCCACCCCCUAGAAGGCAAACAGGGGUUGUUUCUGCAGCCCAACACCCUCCGUUGACGAUGAACCAAGCCCCUUUGAUCCCGUCAAACAAAUCCCAAGCAGUACCGCCAGUUGUUCCGCGACCAUCGUCGUCGGUGUCUCAAUCUUCACAACAAUCUAAGGGCAAACCGGCGCCACCUGUUGCAAAAAAGCCAGCUCAUCUUGCCACAGCACCAGCGUCCAUUUCAUCAGCGUUGACAAGCAGCGAAGACACCUACCAUACCGAUAAUCCGUUAGACAGACCGCCACUACCAGUGCGGGCCUCGACGGGCCUCUCAAACACAAGUUCGAGCACGGGAGGCGGUGUUGUCAGGAAGCCGAUAGGCACUUCAGCUAAACCCCCUAAACGGGCAGAAACAUUUAGUAUAGAAUCCGGAAGACAUGGCCCUCGAGCUGGAUCGGUCCCACUCCCAGGCAUGACACCUGUUGAGCCUCGACCAAAGCCGCAGAUCCCAGCCAAGAUCCAAAGGAAAGCUGCACCGGUAGACCUAUUAGACUCGUUGGGUGAUGAUAAUCACAGUGACAUGGGAAGCUGGGAGACGUUGGUUCCUAGCACACAAAAGUAG